GUGUGUGGUGCUAAUUUGCGGGAGCCCAACACACAAGCAGUGCUAGAAGGAGGAGACUUUGCGAGCGGAAAGACGUCCAACCUCGAACUGGACGGUAUUUUCACGAAAUAUUUACCAAAACAUUCGGUUUUACCGUGCGACACCCUCCCACGCAUGACGCCACAGCGAGCGACGGAAAUCGAACGUCUAUUUCAGGAAAGAGGGAGACAAUAUCUCUUCUUUCCCAUAUUUAUCCGCCACCACUGGAUUGCGGGAAUCUUCAGUGUGGCGAAGAACAAGAAAAUUAUUUUAACCAUUUAUGAUUCGGCACCUUCUCCGAUGGUGCAGCGGGAUUUGAUACGCGCCAUCCGAUCAUGGUGGCCGCAGAUUGAGAUCUACAACGGGGAAUGGGUACGACAAGAACGCUUUAGCGAGGAUUGCGGGAUCUUUGUGACGGCAAAGUUCUUCGCCACAUUCCUGGGAGUACAACUGCAAAACCCCCAAACGCUGCCUAACCGGCUGCGUCCCUACCUACAAGAGGUAGCAAAGAGCGACGAUAAACCAUCUGUGGAAGAGUUCCACGCAGACAUGAAGCGAUUUUUACUCGACAAGAACAAAGGCGAGCUUCUAGGCGGUGGUGAAAACACCACGGAAACGGCAUCACACGUUACAGAUAUCCUGCAGACGUACCCCAGCGUUUCCGCCGAGAUGCACCGACGUAACUUGGGCUACAUGUGGUUAGCCAGCGCAAUGGCCAACCUAGCAGACGGAGGGUCGCGGUCCCUUAUCUUGGACACUGUCGCGAUGCGCGUAAGACGUCACAAUUUCGCACCCUCCCAACCGCACGACAUUGCGGAUGCCAUCGUGCGCCUAGGCUUCCUUGUA